UCUUUUUUAUUUAUUGAUUUUUUCAUCUUUUCAUGCACUCCCUCUCCCUGUCUCUAUCUCUAUCUCUCUCUCACACACACAUAUUGGGACAAAGUUAGAUUUUCUGUGUUUCUGGCAUUAGCGUAUGUGCAUUUAUCUCUAUGGGUUUGUCAUGUGGGGAUGGGGAGCAUGAUUUUGAUGAGACAGAAAGUGAAGUUCCAGUUGUAGAUGAGAGUAGCAGGCAGAGGAGAGGUGGCGAAAUGGAUAUACACCACCACCAUCAUCAUGCAGUUGAAUUUGAUGUAGAAUUCUGGCCUGUUGAGCACCCAAUGGAGCCCCAGGACGAAGAUCGCCCUGUCAGAUGUCCCAUUCCAACCUCUUCUGUUGUCAAUGAUGGAAGCAUGCGCGAGGAGAGAGAGGGUGAAAGCUUGAGGAAGAGAGCAGAGGUUCCAGCAAUGGUGAACAAAGAAGGGGUUGUUAUUGUGGCUGCAGAACCUCCACUUACAGCAGUGCGAAAAAGGCAUCACACUCUUAGCCAUGGAAAUCAUAUGGUAACAUCUUUAACAAGAAUGCCUCCUCUUCCUACUCUUCCCACUCAGAAUGUUACCAUCUUUCAAAUGCUUCAACAGUUUGAUGAGUUUGAGAGUUAGCAAAAAGAUAAAACUGUAAUUGAAAUCCAUGUUUCUCAUCUAUCUAGCGUUUCUUAUGAAUCCAUUAUGGAGUGAUGAGAAUUCUUCUUGUUGAUUAGAUUAUGCAGCUUCAAUAGAUAAAAGAAUCCUUUAGAUAUAGCAAGGACAUAUAUCGUAUUAGCAUUUUGGAAUAUGAAAUAUGUAAUAUUCUGUGUAAUAUCAUCCAAUUCCUACCUGAGUUUCUUCA